AGUUGUUACCCGCGUUUGUAUAUUGGCAAGUUUGUUCCUUGAGAUUUUCUGUAGACUCUGUUAAUGACUACACUUCCCAGAAUGCUAAAGAAGAAAAAAGGAGGUGUGGGGAAGAGAAAGGACCACAGAAAUGGAGUAAAGAACAUAAACAGAGUUGGCUGUUGUAACUGGUCCUUAUCUGGUUUUGUCAGCAACCGGAUUAGUAAUUUGGAGAAGCUUUUCUCACGAGUCUGAAAGGUCAGAUUUCUCCCAUUAAGGAAGCCCUUCUUGCACUUUUUCAGGAGCCCCUUGACCCGAAUGAGGGAAAUGGCUGAGAACCAAGGAAGGGAAUUUGCCCUGGGUUUCCAGCAGCAAGCUCUGUUAGGGAAGAGAAUGAAGGAGGAGGAGGAGGAGGAAGAGAGAGACCUUGAAUCAAGAGGAAACCUCCAAGUUAUCCAAAGUGGGCACAUGAAGGAAUUCUGGGAAAGAACCAGGCCAGAGGAAGUUGCCCAAGAACGAUAUAAAGGGCGGCGGCAGCAGUGGGAAACCCAACUGCAGGAGUUCUUGAACACAGUAGAGUCCCCCCACUUAAGAGGGGGCAAUCCACAACUGCUGCCAUCCAUACCAAGGGACAAAUCUACCAUUUUUCUGUCCUCUUCUGGGGAUGUUGCUGAUGUGGGCUGGCAAUCUGGAGGGGAGAGGCUGACCCAAGUCCUGCCAGGCCUCAGUGGGCAGAUUCAAUGGACUGAGAAUGACCUCUUGACCAAAGGUGAUGCAGACUGCAAGGAAGUGAAGGAAGAGAUAGUGGAAGAGGCAGCGGCAGCAGCUGGCCACUUGGAUCACCAGCGCCAGCUCUUCAGGCAGUUCUGCUACCGGGAAGGAGAUGAGCCUCACGAAGUUUGCCAGAGGCUCCAGGAACUUUGUCAUCGGUGGCUGAAGCCGGAGAGACACACCAAAGAGCAGAUCUUGGAGCUGGUGAUCCUGGAGCAGUUUCUGACCAUUCUGCCAAAGGACAUCCAGAACUGGGUUCAGGAAAGUGGCCCAGAGACCUGCACCCAGACAGUUGCCUUGGUGGAAAACUUCCUGCUUAAGCAACAAGAGGCAAAGAAGUGGGAAGAGCAGAUGUCAGCGCCAUGCAAAAUGGAGGAGGUGAAUUCCUCUGAGGCAGAGGGGGCUUCUUCAGCUCCUUGGCAGAGGUCACUUUUCAUCAUCAAACAGGAGGACGAGGACCAUGACGUUGCUUCAUUGGGUGCUGAGAAGACAGAGGAUAUGCCACAGAAUCAAGCAGGAGAUCACAGGGCAGUGGAACUAAGUGAGGUAUUGCCAGGAAUAAUCAAGAGGAACACAAGGGAAGGGACUCCAAGAGCAAGAGAAGGGACUCCUGAGCAAGAGAAGGACUCCAAGAGCCAUCAAAAGGGCUGUCUGGAGAAAGAAGGGGACACAUUCAUUCAGUGUGGGCAGAGCUUUAGCUGGAAUCCUGAUGUUGCCACACAGACAAGCACCCAUCCAGGAGAGAAGCCAUUCAGAUGCUCAGCUUGUGGGAAAAGCUUUAGCCGUCGCUCGAACCUCAUUAUACAUCAGAGAACACAUACGGGAGAGAGGCCAUACAAGUGUCCGAACUGUGAGAAAAGCUUCAGCCACCGCUCCAACCUCAGCGCCCACGAAACGGUCCACACGGGAGAGAAGCCGUACAAGUGCGCCGACUGUGAGAAGAGCUUCAGCCAUCAGUCGCACCUCAUUACACACCGAAGGAUCCACACGGGAGAGAAGCCGCAUAAAUGCUCGGACUGUGGGAAAAGCUUCAGCAACCCGUCGCACCUGAAGGCGCACAAGCGGAUCCACACAGGGGAGAGACCGUACACGUGCUCAGAGUGUGGGAAAAGCUUUAACCAGAGGUCCAUUCUGAUAGUCCAUGCCAGGACCCACACGGGUAUCAAACCAUACACAUGCCCAACUUGUGGGAAAAGUUUUAGUCAGAGUGCAAACCUUACCGCGCAUGAAAGGAUCCAUGCAAUGCAGGCCUUCCAACGCACAAUAAAUCCCUCAGAAGAGAGGAACUACAUGAAUGCCCCCAAAGUUAGGACAUCUUCUGUUGGAGAACGGAUUUAGCAGAGCUUCAAAGAGAAUUGGUGUGUUUUUGUAUAGAUUGUUAGUUGGACGGCAAGUGUUUAAAGCUGGUAAUAAAACUUUAACUAAAACUGGAGGCUGUGUGCACUCUGCCCUACAAUA